CUUCCGGGAUAGUAAAGGUCGACCCCCGCAAGAUGGCGGCCCCCUUGGAGCUCAGUUGCUGGGGAGGCGGCUGGGGGCUCCCAUCGGUUCACAGCGAGUCCCUGGUGGUGAUGGCUUAUGCCAAAUUUUCUGGUGCACCCUUGAAAGUCAAUGUGAUAGAUAACACCUGGAGAGGUUCAAGAGGCGAUGUACCAAUUUUGACAACUGAAGACAACAUUGUUUCUCAGCCAGCAAAAAUAUUAAACUUUUUAAGAAAACAGAAAUAUAAUGCUGAUUAUGAACUCUCAGCAAAACAAGGGGCAGAUACAUUGGCUUAUAUUGCUCUCCUCGAAGAGAAGCUUCUCCCUGCAGUGCUUCACACAUUCUGGGUUGAGAGUGACAAUUACUUUACUGUGACAAAGCCAUGGUUUGCUUCACAAAUUCCUUUUCCUUUGAGCUUGAUUCUACCUGGAAGAAUGUCUAGGGGAGCACUGAACAGGAUCCUCCUGACCAGAGGACAGCCUCCCCUCUACCACCUCCGAGAAGUGGAAGCACAGAUAUACAGAGAUGCCAAGGAGUGCCUAAAUCUUCUAUCAAACAGAUUGGGAACAUCUCAGUUUUUCUUUGGAAAUACGCCUUCUACCUUGGAUGCCUAUGUUUUUGGUUUUCUUGCACCUCUUUACAAAGUACGGUUUCCUAAAAUUCAGCUACAAGAACAUCUGAAACAGCUCUCCAACCUCUGUCGCUUUUGUGAUGACAUCCUGAGCAGUUAUUUUAGGAUUAGUCUUGGAGGCAUCUCUCCAGCUGGACAAGAUAUGGUAGAUGCAAAUCUGCAGAAACUCACACAACUUGUAAAUAAGGAAUCCAACUUGAUUGAAAAGAUGGAUGACAAUCUUCGCCAAAGCCCUCAGCUUCCUCCUCGGAAACUGCCAACACUUAAACUGACUCCAGCAGAAGAAGAAAAUAAUUCCUUCCAACGGCUUUCACCCUGACAGUACUCAUGCUUUGUGGCCAAAGUCAAACGAUUGUUGCAGUAAUCUCUUACACCUAGUGUGUGAAGGCAAAAGCAAGCUUAGGUAUUAAGGAAGACUCUAAACCAAAAGGAACUUUCUAUGACAUCUAUUUUUAUUAUUAAUAUUAUUAUUAAGAAGCUUGUAUUCUAGCUUGGCAGUGCAUUUUAAAUAAUUGUACUGUAUACAGAAAAACUGCCUUAUUCAUGGCAGAUUUUUGCCUUUGGUUCACAUGUUGCUGACCAAAAGCUACCAUUCUGUUCUCAAUGUGCACUCCUAAUUUAUUUGAGUUAAUUUAUUCAGUUUAUUAACUUAGUUUUCUUAGAUCAGGCUGAAUACCUAAUAUGUGGCUCUUUGGCUGAGGCUUUUUACUUCUGUUUAGAAAUUUGAUGCCUAUUUUAGGAACCAGAAAAAGAUAAAUUGCUUCAGUAGAAGAGACCAUAUUUAACUUUAAAAAGUGAUAAGGAAUGUGCUUUUUAAUUAUGCUCUCACAAGUCUAAUCUUUUGGGGGUUUAGUAGCACUUAGAUAAAUAUUAGAGGUGGUUACAUAUAAUAACGUCUGAUAAUAUGCACUUCAGUAUAACAUUGGUCUUUGCCGAUGUGUUCAAUAUGGGUUAAGAUGGGUUCUUUUAGUUUUCUUGGGCAAAUGUGACAGUUUUAGACUUAUGUCUUUGUAGUAAAUCUUUAGUUGUCUUUCUUGUAUUAAUUCCAGGAGAGCUGAACGUAGUGGUCAUCGUUACUAUGCUAAGCUGUAACAUGUUUCUGAAAUUGCUCAAUUGCUAGACACUAUUCAGGAGGAGCCCAUAGCCAGGGUAGUAGAAAUACUGUGCAUCUGGUCCAAGUUCUUUAAUCUUGGCCCAGGCUAAUAUUUUUCAUAAGAUGCAUAUCAUGUAAACAGCUUUCUGACAACUAAUUAUUUUCCGUAUGUCAUAUGUUUCACCUACAGUUGAAGAAUACAAAGGAACAAUCAGAAAUUGCAGCUUUUAAAGAAUAUUUUCUAUUUAUUGGUUGCUGAACUGUUAAAAGACGUGCUGGGGUAAUUUUACUUAUAAUAGAAACUUGCUUAUUUUAGUGGUUGAGAUGCUUCUGUUGUCCUAAAACCACUUCUGAGGUUUUUAAAAUACAGAACCAUGUUUUGGAUUAAUGUCUUAAAAGAUUACUAUGGUGCUUAGCCAAUCUUAUCAAGUCCUGCAGAAACCCAUAUGUUAAGAAAAUGAGCUUUGUAGUCAAAAAACUCAUCUAAUUUGAGCUGAGUAGAGCUCAGCUAUGUUUGACCCACAUCCUUUGAAUUUGUUCUGUAUUUAGGUAGCUAUUUAUACAGUACUCCUUAAGUCAUUGUAAAUAUUUUUUCUUGAAAAUUUUAACCAAAUGAGAAAUAAGGUAGUCUUCAAAACGUUGGUUAUCUGUUUGGAUGUAUUUAGGGAAAGUACCUCAUGAGAUGCACAUGACUUCUACAACGGUGUGUGUGUGUGCGUUUAUGUGUGUGUUUCAGUCAUCUUCAAAGGCAGAUUAUUAGAUUCCAGCAGCCUGAAAUCUAAAUAGUUUAUAUUGGAAAUCAUGACUUGGAGACUUCUUUAUUGUUCUCUAGGAUGGAUGUAUAUUGGAGAAGGGUGGUUAGCACGUUCAUUAGACAUCUGUUUAUGCUUUGAUCAGAGCCAGUCAUUUUUAAUUAUGAUUUAUAUCAGACCCUCCAAAAGUAUUUGAAGUAUAUUACAGUUAUAAUGUACAUUACAUGCAUAUUACAAGUAUAUUACAUGUAAACAGAACAAUUAUUUAAAAUUUUUAAAUUUUAAGGAAUUUUAAAAUAUUAAAAAUUUAAAUUAAAAAUUUGUAGAGGAUAGAACUAUGUCAGCACUGACAGAUUCUAAAAUUAAGUGAUAAAUUUAACUCCAAGUUUCUCCAUGGGCAAAGUCAAAAGAUAAUGCUAGGUUAUGUCAGUUUUUCUUUUAAUAUAACCACUGAUGUCCAUUAGGAAGAAAAAUCUGUUUCAAGUUUUACAAGAACAGGGAGCCCAUGUUCUUCUGAUAUGUAGACUUUGAUAAAGAAGCAUACUGUAAUGUUUCAUGAAUCAAAAUUUUAAUCAGAGGAGGUCAUUUUAGAAUAACAAGUAUUUGUCUUUUUUAGUAGAGGGAA